AGAGCCCUCCGUCAAUGGACUUAACCGCCUUGUCCUCUCAACGCAACUUGCUCCUCCCCGCGCGCGCGCCCUAUGGGCCUGUGGCCUUGCCGAUAUGCAAAUCGGGUCCCUCCGGCAGCCAACGGGGAGGCGGGAGCCCGCGACGCGGCGAGGCGAUUGGCUGACGUCGCGGGCUGCCGGCAAGGCUAGCGGGUUAGGGUGCCCCCUUGCGGCUGAGGCAGAGGCAGAAGCAUAGGCGGGCGGCAUGUGCGGAGAGAACGGAGGCGGCGGCGGCCGGUUGCCGAAGUGAGGCGGCGGGAGGAAGGAGGCCGAGAUGGUGGGCCGCGGGCCGCCGCUUCUGACCGCCGCCCUCCUCCUCUUGCCCCUGGUGCCCCUCUUGCUGCAGCCUCCGCCUCGCGGCGUGGAAGGGGCCGCCGAGCUGGCCGAGAACGUGAUUUGGGCCGUCAAUGCGGGCGGAGAAGCCCACGUCGACGUCCACGGGAUCCACUUCCGGAAGGACCCCCUCGAAGGCCGGGUGGGACGAGCCUCCGACUAUGGCAUGAAGCUGCCAAUCCUGCGAUCCAAUCCCGAGGACCAGAUUCUCUACCAGACAGAACGCUACAAUGAGGAGACAUUUGGUUAUGAGGUCCCCAUCAAGGAGGAGGGGGACUACGUUCUUGUGCUGAAGUUUGCAGAAGUCUAUUUUGCACAGUCCCAACAGAAGGUUUUUGAUGUGCGUGUGAAUGGCCAUGUGGUGGUGAAGGACCUGGACAUCUUUGACAGAGUUGGGCACAGCACAGCUCAUGAUGAGAUUAUCCCAAUCAGCAUCAAGAAGGGGAAGCUGAGUGUCCAAGGAGAGGUUUCAACAUUCACUGGGAAACUCAACAUUGAGUUUGUCAAGGGGUACUACGAUAACCCCAAAGUGUGUGCACUAUACGUCCUCGCUGGAACAGUGGAUGAUGUUCCAAAGCUGCAGCCCCAUCCAGGCUUGGAGAAAAAAGAGGAGGAGGAAGAUGAAGAGGAGUAUGAAGAGGGCUCCAGCACUAAAAAGCAGACCAAUAAGAACCGGGUCCAGUCAGGGCCCCGCACACCAAACCCCUAUGCCUCGGACAACAGCAGCCUCAUGUUCCCUAUCUUAGUGGCCUUUGGUGUCUUCAUUCCUACCCUCUUCUGCCUGUGCAGGUUGUGAAAAGCAAGACAUCGCGGCUGGCAGGAUGCAGGCCAGAUGGGAGGAGUCCGACCAAACAUGGAGGCUGUUUUGGCUUCUCCAUGUUCCUCAUAAUUUAAGGAAAAUAAAAGUUUGCUAAGGAACAGCAGGUACAAUAGGGGAGAGUUUGCAUCACCUUCUUUGGGGAAUGCUUCCUGCCCGCCCCCGUCCCUCAGCAGCAGCCUCAGCAGAACCUUGACUUGCAUCCAGCUGUGUCCUGCCACCUUUCCUGCCCUGAGAGCCUUGAAGCAAAACUGGUGCCCUGGCUGUGAGAGGCUGGUGAACUUCAUGCCCAUCUAAUGAGAUGGAGCUGGGAGGGGAGAUGGCACAGGGAGGGCACACCUUUCUGUGUUGGCGUAAAGAAGCAGAUUUUGCCAUUGAAGUUCCUCCUCGGCUGGAAUAAUUGGCAUCGGUGUGCUCAAAACAGCGGGGGGUGGGUGAGUGGGGGAUGGACUGGUUUCCUGACAUCAGCUGGAAUGUUUGCAGCGAAACACACGGUACUCCUUUCCAUUGUGGAUGAGAAAAGGUUCAAAAUUACUGAUUGGUCUCUGGGUAAAAUGCCCUGGGCUAUGGAACAAGAUGAAAGGGUGGCCUGGCUCAUCUCCCUUGCCUGUGCCCCCAGUAACAUCUGACCUGUCACCUUGGAAAGGGCUUGGCUUCAGACAGUUUCUUUAUUGUCAUGCCAACCCUGGGGGGGGGGGGGGUUUUUUUUUUUUUUCCCCCCUUUUCUUCUUUUUGUUUCCCCCCCCCCCCCCCCAACUCCGUAGGAACCAUCUCCUUCUGCUGUGUCACCUGGAUGGCAAUCUGGUAUGGUGACUCACGGAGCACUUUUCUCUGAUGGCCUUUUAAUUUGUGUCAUGAGGCCUGCCACUUUUGAAGCCAAACUUCACCUCUUUUUCCUUUGUCAAAGGGCUCCAGGGCAGGGAGACCUCAGAUGUAGCUUUGCUUGAGAUGCUACGGUUAUGUUGUGCGUGUGGUUCUUUUUUAAAUGGAUCUGAAAAAACAAGUUCUAGAUCUGGUUUGUAAAGGGUUGGGUGAAGGGCAUUUUCACUUGAUCUACUGGCUGUUAGUUUCUGGCUUUUCCUUUUUCCCUGGAGAGCAGUGUUGACACAAUCUGAAAUGAGCAAAGGAUAAAUGAGCAAAUCUGUAGCACCAUUCUGUGCUACAGAAUGUCUGUAACAUGAAGGAAUUGCGUUGGGCAUUUUGGUGAAGGUUUAGGGAUGUGAUCAAGGUAGCUACUGGUAGUUGCCUUAAUGGUAGUGAAAGAGCUAUGCUUCCUGACCUGGAUGACUGUGGUCACUUUUCAUAGACACCUACUUGCCAUGGCCUGUUUGAUUUUUCUCCCCGUUGAAAAUCAGGAGGCUUGUCAGGCUAUAUAAUGUUUCCUUGUGACUUUCUGGUUUUUCCAUUGCUGUAGCAAAAGGGAGAAUGGUGGUCCAAGCGUUGAGGGAACUGUAGCAUAGAGUAAGUUUUCUCACUGGUAACCUGGAAGGGAUCUGCUUGUGCAUAAUGAAGAUACUUGAAUGGUUACAGUUGCAAGAUUGGUAUUGGUUGAUGCCAGUUCUUGGUGGCUGGAGUCCCAUUUCAUCCUUUCUCUGCAAGUAUCCCUUUUUUCUCAUGCCAGCCACAACGCCUGGUUGUGAUCUUCUCCAUUCUCGUCCUGGUUGAGGGAUCCAAAUGUUGUCCUCUUUCUUGGGCUUGCAUUUUUCAUCUGCUGUGAAUGUCUGUGAUCUAUGCAGUUGAAAGUGCUGCUUGAAGAUGUCAUAGUAUAAGAUGGGCAAUGUUUUGCUUGCUGUUCUGUUAUCAUUCACAUCACACAUCCUGUGAUCUGACUGACAAACUUCACCUUCCUCUCCAGAAUGUCAAAUAAUUUGAGAUUGGUUCCUUAUCCUGUCCCUUGGUGACAGGCAGGAAAGCAUACCUGACUCUGAACUGCACUUCUAACUUGUUCUAGGUACAGUCCUGGGAAAGAAAUAACAUCUGAACAGGGCCAUAUUUUCACACUCCCUAGUAAAUGAAUUGAUCUCUACCAUUUGUUUCAACCUGUCCCCGUCACAUCUCUUAAAGAAAGCCUACCUUCCUCUUAAGGGAAGCCAUCUGUGCUUUUUUGACCCUGGAGGUCACUUCUUGGCUUUUUUAUUACAGAGAAUAAUGAUUUUCUCUCCAGCCUGUACCUCAUCUACUAGCUUGCAGAAGCCAGCAAAAAUUGGGUACUCUCCUUCGCUUGGAGGUCGGAUGCCCCAUGGGGAGUACCAUCAGGUUGUUUGCCUUCGCUCUUCCAUUUGCUGUUUCUCCUCAUGGUUCUAGAGCUUGCUUAAUAGCAUAGAAGCCCUUUGUUACUUAAAUCCCAACUCUCUCUGAGAUUUGAAAGCCUUUGAACCCUGGUAUAGCUGGCUGGCUUAGGCUGCUUUUUACCACAGAUAGGUAGGCCAUGAGCUCAGUUCCAUGGUUGUGAGCUCAGAUGGGUAUUUUUGUCUUGAUGCUUUCUAUGUGGUAAAGUCCUUCGUCUUUAAAAGAUUGUCAUCUUUAAUUGCUUAUUUUGAAGCUUUGGGGAGUUUUAACAGACAAGCAAGGCAGCUAAUAUGUGUCAAAGGCAGCCUAGUUUCUCCCUCUAGAGCCCGUUGUAGGCAGUCCAUCUUGUUCCUCUUGUGGGGUUUAAAAGGACCUGAGGUGGUGCAGCCUAGAAAAGGCUACAGUAUGAGAAACACUGUGUUCAGGGCCACAGAAGUGAAUAGGGCAGCCUUGUUGCAUUUUGCUAGCCUGGUUCCAUCUUUCCCUCUCUCCUCUCCUGUAUUGCCUCAAUGCCUUGAGGAGGCGGAUGGCAAUAUCCUGAAUGACUUUCAGUUCCUGUCUACCCUGUUCUAGUCGGCUAUUGUCCCUAAAAGAGAAAGAGACAGUUCGCUGUGAGACAGACUAGGGCCUUGAAGGUGAUGAGCAGUACCUUGCUAAAGCAAGAGAUGUCAGAAGCGCCCAUGUGGCCAGAUGAGUCCUGUUCUGUGAAGAAAUACUGUGAUUUAGGGGUCCGCCCACCCCUUUAUUCUUAAAAACAGCAAAAAGGCCACAGAGCCUUAAUGCGACUGGCUGAGCCGAAAGCUCCCCCAGGCUAAAUCAAACAGAGGGCUGUUUUUCCCUUGCGGACUGUUGUGCUUGGGCUGUAAAGCAUAAAAAGUGGAUAACUUCCUUUAUUCACUCUCAUCUCCAGUCACUCAACACAAAACCGUUUGAGUGCAAAACUAUCCCGCCUUGGAUGAUUUUGAGGCCCUUCCUUUUAUAUAGAGAGAAUGGAUCUACUUUGCCAUCUUGAAUUCAGUUGCGCUGACUGUAACCAGACAGCUUGGCAGUUUUGUUCCUUAUCCGGGGAGCACUGAGCUGUCCCACUUGGAAGGGAAGUUGCAGGUGGAAACUGCAGGAACGCCAAAGUUGAAUCUGUGUAUAAUGUGUGUUUGUGCCUUCUUUAAUUUUUCAGGUAGUGAGAUGGCAAUAGGCUUUGCUUGCAAAGAAGCUUCUGUUUUAAGGAACUUCUGUUUCCUCUUACUAGGAAAAAAAAAUACGUGGGGAUAGUUGGGAAAGCCUAUCUCCUUUGAGCCAAACCAUUUUCCCAGCAGCAGAGAGUGGGGCAGCUCAGCUUCAGAUUCACAUUUCCUGUCCUGAGAUGUCACAAGCCAAGCACCAUGUGUGGGCUCUAUUCUUAUUUUGCUAGAAAAAGCAGCUAAGUUGGCAAGAGGCCUACUAGGUUGCCUUCCUCUAAGCACAUUGCGCCCUGAGCCGUGGAGUGGAACUUCUCUUCAUUUCUCUGUUGUCUCUUAGCAUUACUCCAGAGCCUUAGGUGAGGGGAGACCUAAUAAUUUCACCAGAUGCUUCUACCAUCUUAUGAUCCGCACACAGGCAUCAAUGGUUAGUUUUCAUACUCCUGACAUCCACAGUUUGCUUAUAAAUGUCUCUUAAGGCCCCCCUGCCCCUGUCCCCAGUGAUAGACCAGUAAUUUGGGGCAGGUUGUUCCCAUAACUGUUGGCAGUCAUAGUACACUGGUCAAACUGGGUUGGAGAAAAACCUUUUUAAGAAUGCUGUGAAGUUGGCCUCUCAAAAACUAUAAAGAGAACUGUCGGAUUGAGUGGCACACCUUAAAUGUUAUGCAGACAGAAGGAAGGCAAAUGAAAUACACCCGCCCAAAUCCCUGAAUCACCAUGGCUAGUGGUCAUGCUGACUAGGAGUUUUUAGGAGCCAUAAUCCCCCAAAAGAAAAUUUUCCCAAGCUCUACUUUCUUUGGCUACGGCUUGUUUGAUAGAUGCUCGCGGGACCAAAAUAAUAUUGGAACCUGCUGUGUUUAUUCUGCCCAGUGGGGAAAAAGAGGAAGCCUGAGUAAAUAGACUAUUGUCUUACACAAUCUUGGCUUAAGGCAAAAGGAAGGGUGUGCUUACAUCUCAGUAGAAUCCACAGCCAUUCCAACCCCAAAUUAUAGGUUCAUCACAAGAGCCUGGUAGCAUGAGCUUCACUUCACUGUGUGGUCAUUUGUGCAAAAUGAAUGGCAAGAUCAUUCUUUCUCUCCCCAGCUCUGGCUGGCUGAGAUCAGCCGUGUCUUAGAGGGAGGGAUAGCUUGGGAGAGGAGUAGGCAAUGUUUUGAUGGGUCUGGCCUGGUCUACAUGGGUCCUUUGCAUUGAUGUUGAUGGGAUGCCUCCCUGCCUUUUCAGUCUGCUCCCCCAAGUAUAAGUGCUUUCUUUGAACAAUCUGAGCAAGGGCUUUCCACCCUUGCAAGGCUACUUGCAUGAUCUGGUGCCUUGACUGCCUUGCAAAGAUCUUUGGGGGAUGAAAGGUGUGUCAGAGUUGUCUCCAACUUGAGGGGGGUGUCAUAAAAUCGGCACUGCUGCCGGCCACAUCAGAGCCAACCUAUUUGCAUGGGUUUGGGGAAAUUGGAGAGCUCAGAUACAGAGCUUGAGAGACUUUGAACAUGCUCUUUCUGCAAAAAGGCAUGGAGAAGGCUAUUUCAUCCGGGAUCCUCGCCUGCUCUACACAGUGCCUGCCAGCAGACUCUUUUUGCGGGAGACCUGCUGGCUGAGGAAGGUGGGAAAGAUGGUCCCAGGAGGAAUCAGAUUUGCAGGGCCAGGCAGUGGGACUUGAAAGGGGCACAUGCCCCCUUUCACUGGAUAUUUGAUGUAUUUGAUCCAGGUUUACUGAACCUUACAUCUGAAAACACAGCAUCUGAGUUAAAUGCAGGGGGGAUCCAGGACCUGUGAACAGGCUGUUUUUUGGAACAAGGAGGUACCUUCCUGGAGUAUCCCCAUCAUUUGUAGAAAGCAAUUCUGGUGGAGGCUUUCGGGAGUCAUUUUAAGAGCACUUCUUUAAAAAAUCCACCUUCCUAAGCAAGUUAGGGCAAAUGUUGAUGUAUUAUGCUAAGCUUGAGGGGGAUAUAGCAUCUUUUGAACUAGCAAAUCCGGUUAUCACAUGCUAGGAGAGGGGUGACCUCUCUCUUUACUGCACAGGCUGAACCCACUGGAUCUUGUUCGGCUUCUUUUAGGUUGGAUUUGAACCCCUGCUUGCUUAAGGAGGUAUGGACAUGCUUUCAAAGAGCUGAUCUGAGGUCUAGCAGGGCAACCAGAUGUGGAAGUGUUGAGGUGACAAGCCUGGGUCGGCUGGAGUCUCCUGACUUGGUGCCCGCUCUUCAUCUGUAAGUUAGAAGUUAACACCUGGUUUUGUGAAAGGAGGAUGGUAUUCUUAACUGCCCUGACUCUCUCUUGAAUAAUUUGUAGUGAUUCUUUUCCUUACUCUGUGUGUGUGUUUAAGAUCAAGCUUGGGCAAAGGGUGAGAAGCAUAGAUGUCUUACAUCUGGUCACAUUGCCUUGGCGAAAGGCUCUUUUUCCUAGGGAAGUGGGACGGGUGCGGGUGCGUUGCUUUUGGGUUCAUUUCUCCUUCCCACCCCACUCUACCCUGGGUUUUUUUUUUGGUACAUUUAGCUGGUUUUUAUUUGAUACAUUUUGUUGAUGUUUUGUUUUUGUUUUUUUCCUCCUCUCAGGAUGUCUGGUUGAGGGAAAUGAUUCUGAAAUCUACUGCCUGGCAGUUUUAGCCAGCAGUGUGUUGAAAAUAAAUAAAAUGAAAUUAUAUUG